CUCAUGGGUUAUCGGUUUCCAGCUCGCUGCUCAUUGCUGCGUCCUACUCCUUUCCAUGGUUCCUCCGUUUUGUCACAUUAUCCGUGCGUAAUCGAUGUUUCAUCGACUAUCGACACCGACAGUGAGGCGUUGCGACCUGCCCGUUGCGAUAUUUCCACCUUUUGCCAAUGUUUCCAUUUUGCGUGUACCCAUCGAUCGCACUAUCGUCCAGUGACAAUCGACCGCCUACAAAUCGAGGCGCUCCCUUCCCUAGCUCAUGGUUAUUUUGCAACUUUCGUAGCCGGCUGCUCCUGGCUCCAUGCUGGCAACACUCGAGAGCGGGUGCGGAGAGGACUUCGCAUAUUGCUUCGCAACUGGGACAGCAGGUUGCUGGUGCGGCCCAUGUAUGCCCUUUUCUUGUUCCAGCAAUGUCCAAAAAUCAACUUCUUGGCCCCGUGCUUUUUCGGGAAUUCAUUCACGGCGGCGUGGCUACUCCGUCGCCAUUCCGAUCCUCGCUCGUGAACCACGCCCACUCUUAGCGGGGGGUGGGUGGCACCUCCGGCAGCCACCGCGGAGGGGACGGUGCGCAGGGCUCGUCCUCCUCCUCGCCCUUCCGCCACGGACUGGGGUCCUCGGUCGCGUAUCUGGGGGUCCUCCACCGGUUCCUCCCACAACCGUUGCUCUUCCUGUUCCGCCUCCUGUAGACGGGCAUGCCAUCGCGCUGUCGUCUCCUCUUGGUCCUGGCGCAGCCUGACCUGCCACCGCCCCUCCUCCUCCGUCGUCCGCUGCUGCUCCCGGCCCGGCAGACCGCCUCAGCGUGGCCCCUCGGGAGUUCCGCUCCUCCUGCCGCGCCUCGGGCCUCGGGAGUCGCUCCCUCGACGUCCAUCGUCCCGCGCGAUAUACGGUUGGCGGCCGCUCCCCUCCGGAGCCGCCACUCCCUGUCCUUUACUUCUUGACUUGUAGUCCUCGACCGUCGCAAGGCUCCCCUUACAUGAAACCUCGGUUGCGCGCCUUUCUCUUUGAUCGACACCGUUAUGUCCUUUCCUGGGGCGCUUGCUCUCUUGCGGUACAGCUCUCUUUGCUGUGCCGUAUUCCCCCUUCCUUCGUAAAACACAAACGUUGUACUCCGUCAGAUCAUAGUGGCACUCUGAAUGCUGCGGUUCGUUGUUCCUCUGAGUUCCCUAACUAACUUGCUUUGAGACCCUAACUUUGAUCACCCUUGCUGAGUAUCCCUGAAGGUUGUCCUUGGAGGGUAUCCUUCGGGGCGUUCCUGGGCGGUAUCCUUGGAGUAUCCAUGGGGCGUUCCUGGGCGGUAUCCUUGGAGUCUUUAGAGUAUCCUUGGGGUAUCAUUGGAGUAUCCUUGGGGUAUCCUUCGGGUAUCCUUAAGUUAUCGUUGGAGUAUCCUUAGGGUAUACUACGGCUAUACUAAGGGAAUCCUUGGAGUAUCGUUGGGGUAUCUUUGGUGUAUCCUUGGGGUAUCCUUAGAGUAUCCUUCGGGAAUCCUUGGGGUAUCCUUAGGAUAUCCUUCGGGUAUCCUUUGGGUAUCCUUCGGGUUUCCUUGGGGUAUCGUUGGGGUAUCCUUACGGUAUCCUUGGGGUAUCCUUCCUGUUUGAUUGAUUUGCUUUUGCUACUGUUGUUGUGCCGUCCUUGUCAGUGUCCUUCCCGCCUGGCGUAACCACUGAUAAUUCUGGCAAAAGCCCGAC